UCACCACACGGCAUCACUCUCUGGCAUCACUCUAGCCCACCAUAAUCACUCUUCAUCCAUCCAUUCCUAAAACGAAAGCAAAUCGAAGGAAAGAAGGUUGUAGGUAAUAGAACUUUUCCACGAUUUACUAUAAAUGUCCCAGUUAAAGAUUCAGGCGUGCUCACUGGUGCUUAAAGAGCACUUUGGAAGUGCUGUAGAGUCAGUUGGAGAGGAGCUGUUGAAGUGUCAAACACGGAAUUUGAGCCAGCUCGUAAAAAACACAGGUCUUUCUCUCAGCAAGGUUAAAGAGGCCUUGAGGGUUUUGUUCCAUCACAACUUGGUUGAAUAUAAGCCGCAUGCGAAGGGAUACGUGGAGUAUUCAAUAAUUUCUGACAGGGUACUACACAUGAUUCGUUUUCCUUGCUACGCGUACUGCGCCAGGACUCUAUAUGGGGAAGAAGGAGAGAUUAUUGUCGAAGAAAUUCUUCAUACAGGACGUGCAUGCAUGUCAGAAGUUGUGAGAAAAGUAUUGGAGCGUCUGCAAGGUUCUACAAAACCAGAGACUGUAAAAAGCAAAUUUAUCGACCUGGUCGAAACUCACUUUCUCCGUCGUGUACCUUACCCUGACCCAUCAGGGGAUACAAAUGCAAAAGUUCCAUCUUUGAUACUUCCAGAUCAUGAAACAUAUAGGAUACCAGAGAUCAAGCUGUACUUGCUAAGCAAGGUUAAACGAGAGAAAGAAGACCCCGACGAGCCACCAUCGAAACGCGUUAAAGUGGAAGAGACACAGAUGCAACCUGACCAAGGAAUCUAUUGGAGGGUCAACUACGAACGUUUUCACACCUUUAUGAGGGAUCAGAUGCUCGUCGAGGCUAUGGAACGACGUGUAGAAGUCAGAGGCUCAGAAGUGAUCCGAGCAAUUUUGCGUCUAGGGGAGAAGAAAGGUUCUGCUCCUAAGGAGACUUUCACGCCACCCGUUAGCAGGCAAGAGAUCUUCGAGAUUCUCAAGAAGGAAAUCUCUAUAACUCAACAGGAAUUAGAUUCCUACUUACAAGUUAUAACGGAGGAUGUCAACGAUUUUGUGAUAAAGACUGAAGAAAGAGGAGGAAUGUUCCGAAUAGACAUGCAGCGGGUACUACGCAAACUGGCCGAGGCACACAUCGUCAGUGUGGUUCAGGACCGUUUUGGAGUGAAAGCGUGCAGGAUAUUCAGGCUGCUGUUAGAAAAGAAGUUCAUAGAACAGAAGCAGAUUGAGGAGCUAGCCAUGAUUCCAGCGCGAGAUGCCAAAGAACUGACCUACAAAAUGUUCCAAGAAAAGUUCAUCAUGACGAAGGAAUUACCACGUACACCUGACUACGCCCCUUCCAGGAUGAUCUACCUCUUCUAUGCAGACCUCUGCCAGGUGAGUCAGAUGCUGCUGGAAUGGUGCUACAAGGCUAUCGCAAAUUCUAUUCUGCGGCGAGCUCACGUCCUACAAGAGAACAAGAGGGUGCUCGACAAACAGCAGCGAGUUGAUGUCAUUGUGGCUUCCAUGGAACAGAGUAACGCUGAACCUGACCAGAUUGAAGAGGUAAAGGAAAUGGUGACGCCGCCAGAGCGAAGGGAGUUGGCCUACGUGAAACACAUCACCACCAAGAUGGAACUGUGCGAGGCCCAACUGGACGAGACCAUCUUUGUGCUUCAGAUGUUCGUGGACUCUUUGUGCAAAUGAAGCUUGCGCUGUGACUUGUUGACAAUUUAAGCUGUAGAUCGUACUCUUCUAUCUAAACUGUUUGCAGUUUAUACACGUACACGGUACCAGCGUGCUUAAACAGUGCAGGGGUUGUGAACGUUUAUAACAGUUUGUUACAUUGAUUUUGGCGCGGUGAUCAAGGGCAUGUGUCACCUUUUCGACAUUUUUCAAUGUUUGGAAGUGCUUUCUUUUCUUCUCUCCAGGUGCAGCAUAAAGUGUUCAUUUUGUUGUUGCAGCGUCCAAGAUGGCCCAAGUUACCUACAUCUGCCUGAAUUAUGCACCUGUGCUAAGCCGCGUUUAUGUGACGAAAUGUUAUGAAUAUAUGCACACGGGCUGAUGCAGCUAGCAGUGCGUCAGCCACGACCGGCGGUUUACGAAGAACAGAAAUGCCUUUAUGAAACGUGUUGCAAGAUUAAGUGUUCGCAUCGGCAAACUGUGCAACUCGUUGCUGAGGCCAUUCUUGCUACUGCUAUGAUUUUUACUAACUGGAUGGUAUUUCAUUCUUGAAGCCUCAGCCAAGCUUAAACCCUGAAGUAAAAUCUGACGUACACCUUUACCAGAGAGAAAGGCUCAAAUACUCCAAUAGUAUUGAUAGCACAAUGCACCAAAAGAGAAAAAUUACCUUUUGUUUCAUACCAUGAGAUAUUCACUCAAAUUGACUGAAGUGUACUCAAAAUUUAAAUUGACUGCGUUGGAGAUUCUGCUGUCUUGAGCUCUGCAGCUUAACUGUUGUCAUAGUCUCUUAAGAAUCCUGAAUUCAGGUUAAACAACAAACUGGUGUGUGCUGGUAAAGGUUUGGGAGGUAAAGGUGUAAUAUAUCUUCCCAUGGCUCAACUUACAGCUCAGCAUGUUGCCUUUGCCACGUGUUUAAUGUUGGCAAAAUGAAGUAAUGUGUAAUAAAUUCCAAGACCAGAAUGGA